AUGAUCACCCUCAACUAUAUCAACAAUGAGACGCGACGCUUUCAAACUUACGUCUCGAAUCGAAUUGCAGAAAUACAUGAGCUUACAACGACCGACCAGUGGAGAUAUUGCCCUGGGCCUCUAAACCCUGCUGAUGAUGCAAGCCGGGGACUAGAAAUGCCGAAAUUCCUACAAAACGAACGGUGGUUGACGGGACCAGCAUUCCUUCUGCAACCAGAAGAAAAAUGGCCGGUGACGAAGCUACAGAACGUUCCUGAGACCUCGCUCGAAACAAAGAAAGAAAUAUACGCCAUCGAAGUCAGUCAUAUGAAAUCUUUGGAUGUUCUUAUUAACAGUACUUCCAAAUGGAUCAAGUGUUUACGAAAAAUCGCGUGGCUGCAGAAGUUCAUUCAAUGGAUCGAUGAAAAGCAGAAAAACCCGCAGUCACCAGACGUGGAGAAGAAAAUUACGCUAGAAGACCUCGAAAACGCAAGACGUAAAAUAGUCAAGCUCGUUCAAAGGCAAACCUUUAAUGAAGAGAUAGCAAAGUUAGUUAAAGGUCUUACGAUCAAAUCCAGCAGUCUAGCCAGACUAAAACCGACCCUUGACGAAGAAGCAAUUUUACGUGUUGGAGGCAGAAUUUCAAGAGCGCCACAAUAUCCCGAGACGCUGCGAACCCAAUGA